GAUCCAGAAAUUAAAGAGGGGUGAUCCAGAUGCCACUGUCAAGAUUGCCUCAUAGACAUAUUGAAAAUUAAAAAGUAUUUUCCAUCAUUUCUACUAUACUUAGAAUCGAAACAUUCGUGAGCGAUUUGAACCGUCAGGCGAAACUAAAGACUAGUAUAGUAUCAGAAUUUUGAUGAAAGCUCAUAAGGGACAAAUAGUCCUAACUACAGCUUAUUCAGUGGCCCAAUUAGGGAAAAAAAAAGUUUCCACAAAAUGUAUGCAGGCAGUAACAGAAAAUUCCAGCUCCCAGAUCUUGGUGUUUCAACUGAGCUACAAGCCAUUAUUUUAGAUAUUGCUUCCCACAGUAAUUCAUCUCAGACAGCAGUGCAGCUAGAUAUUGAUGACAACAAGAAACGGUGGCUGGUUGUUGGUAUAUGUCUCCAUAACGUUGUAAGUCCAUCUCUCAGGAAAUAUAUAGCACCUAUGAUGGAAAAAUUAUAUGUGAACCUUAAAAUGUCUGAAAAGAUACACCAACAGUCUUACGACAGCUACCUUAAAAAUACCCAGCAGCUAAGAGUAUCUGCCUAAACUAUGAAGCCAUUAAUAACAACCAACAGCAAGGUCGAAACUACAAAAGUUAUGACUACCGGGUUAAUAACUCCAUUGAUCUUUCCAAGUUGUUUCUUCAGACUCACAUGGCAUGCUACAUUGGGUUUGAUGACACUUGUGACUCUUCUGCUCUUUUAGGCAUUAUUAUUAGAGUUGAUGUAUUCCCUCAACUUGUGAAGAAUAAUGCCAAACAUGUACGGACUGAUGUCCGGAACCCCUGGGCACACUGCAAUUUCACCAUGUGGGACAUGAUCAAAUUCCAGUCAUCUCUCCAGUUGAUGGAACAGCUGAUUAGGUCUUUAAAUCUCCCAUCAACUGAUGAAGACAUUGCACUUGGAGAUCUUCUCAAAUGGAAAAUGAAUGGGCUAACAUUUUUGAGUGGCUCAACAAUUGGGCUGGAGUUACUCUCAUCCCUCAGGGAUGAAACUUGGUCUUUGGCAGAGUUUGUCAUCACACUUUCAUCUGGUAUGAAGAAUGAGUUUGAGAGAGUACACAAUGAAAUAACUUGUGUUUAUGAAGACAUAAAUAGUGCAGUGGAAAGGGUAGAAAAACUAGAUACAUUACAAAGCAAGCAGGAGAAAACGAUUGAACAAUUGGUAGAUAAAACAAUUAUUUUAGAAACAAGCCAAAAGUUGACCACUGAUCAUGUCAUGUUACAAGAUAACAAAUUAGACAACAUAAGGUUUCAGAUAUCAGAAUUAUCAGACAUGCAAUCAAGUGAAAAUGUUAGAGUGUCAAGUGUUGAAGAUAGCCAGAAAAAACUGCAGAAAGAAAUUGGUGUUAUAGCUGAGCAAUUAAACAGUCUUUCACUAUACCGAGAUAAUUCGAGACCAGCAAAGCUAUUUUUUCAGCCUCCAGAUAGAAUUCAGUCAUUUAUUGGCCGUGAGCAGGAAUUACUAAAAAUAUAUACAGGAUAUAAUGAACAUAGUAAUAUAUUUCAUAUUCAGGCUAUUACUGGACUUGGUGGAAGUGGUAAAACGACCCUAGCAAUCGAGUUUGCAUGGCUUUUUCAAGAGUCAUAUUCAGGUGGAGUAUUCUGGUUUUCAGCUGAAAAUGAUACUGCUCUUGAAAACUCACUGAGAAAUUUGGCAAUUGAUGCACAGACUGUUGGGAGAGACUCAAAGGAUACAACAAGGCUCACUUUAAAUUGGGUUACCUCCAUUAAAGAACAGUGGAUGUUGAUUGUUGACAAUGUUGAUGAAGAAGAUCUCUCCUUGGAAGUGAGAAACCUUUUACUGGGAGCAUGGAAAAGAAGCUCCUGUGGUCAUAUUCUAUUUACAACUAGAAGGGAACCAAAAGACCUGUCUGAGCUGAUUCAUAUUCCAGAAUCUGAUUGCACAGACUUGACUGCUUUGUCUGUUGAUGAAGGUGUACGUUUUAUGGCAAAACGAACUGGAAUGGCUAUCAGCGAUAAAAUGGAAGAACUUGUUCUGGAAUUAGGAGGUCUUCCAUUGGCUCUAGAGCAGGCAGCAGUCCAUAUCAAUGUGAUACAAUGUGACUUCAAAGAGUAUUUGAAUAAGUUUAAGAAGAGUCAUUUAAAGCUUUUAAAGAAAACUAUUUCCACUACUGUAAACACUAUGUCGAAAGAUCGCCUUACGGUGAGAACUACUUGGCAAAUGAACUUUGAUUAUAUAUCAAAACAGUCUGAAGUGGAGAAUUAUGGUAAAGCUGUGCCUUGUGUUAUGGAGAUUGCUGCAUUUCUCUAUCCAGAUAACAUUCCAGAACAAGUGGUCAAUAUGGGAGAUCCACCUGUGGAACAAGAAGACUUAAGAAGAGUUCUUGAGGACCCUGUUGACACAAAAGAUGUUCUUGGUAUCCUCACGAGAUUCUCAUUGUUUCAGAGAUGUGAUAAUGGGGCUGUUCGUGUCCACAGACUUGUUCAAGAGGUCAUUCGUGAGAGUAUCACUGAAAUUGAUCACAAAAUGAAUAUUCUGCAAAGUGCAACACGAAUGUUAAAUAGAGCAUUUAAAAAGACAAAGUGCCCAGAUGAUAUCCUAAGGGUAGAUUGUAAUGAAUCCAAAAACAGAGGUGCCCUCCAUCUAUGGAACAAACUGGCAGUAAAUGCAUGUGAGUUACAAAAACACUUGUUUUUCUUUAUAAAAGAUAACAAAGAAGUAAAAGAAUUGUAUCUAAAUCCAGAAACCAUCAGACUUCUACACGAAGCAUCUAUUUUCCAUAGUGUUCAUCAGAGACAAAAUGAGGCUAUGGCAGCACAGGAUCAGAUGCUGACUAUGGCAACAGCUAGCAACCUAGCAAAAGAAGACUUCACAAAAAUAACCACAAUCAAAGUUCCUCUAUUUGAAAAAGAACGGUUGAGAGUCCAAAGCAGUAUGGCAUCAGUACACUCUUCUGGUGAGAUUGGUGAAAAGUUUCUCACUGAUGAAGAUCUUAGAGAAUUGGGAAACACUGCUUUCAAUGAUGGGAAAUUUCAAGAGGCGCUCCAGUUCUACACUGAAGGAAUACACAGUAGUAUUGACAGCAAAGUAGACUAUAGGUUGUAUUCAAAUAGAAGCUUGUGUUAUCGCCGUUUAGGAGACCAUGAAAAGGCAUUAGAGGAUGCAGAUCGUUGUAUUGAGGCAGAUUCUAAUCACUGGAAGGGUCACUGCUGGAGAGCAUAUGCCAUUGCUAAUCUAGUCAGAUUGGAAAAACUACCACAGAGUAUGAAGCCAUCAGGAAUGGCUUCUGCUAGCAUUGCAUCACAUCUCAAUCCGCCAUGCUACCAUGCUUUAUAUAUGCAAAGGUAUUAUCCAAAUCUCACAUUCAAAGUUAUAAAAGGUCCAUCAGAAUUUGAUUCCGAAAUAAAAACAUGGGACAACCCUUUCAAAACACUUUUGCUUCCAGCUGGAAAAUAUGAAUUUGGAAUAUUCUUUGUAAGGAAAAGUGUACAGUUGGUUGGACUUGAUAAAAAUGUUGCAGUUAUUAUUAAGAAUGAUUUACCUCUGCAAAUUUUUGAUAAUGCAUUUAUAGAGAAAUUCAUCAGUAAUAUUUUUAUACACUUUGAAAGUGUUAACUUUACUUGUGAAGGUAAAUCCAUGAAUGUCAAUGGUAGAAAUGUAAUGUCAUUUUAUCGUUGUCACAUGUCAAAUGGAAAACCUGGAUGUGAAAAUUUCCCUUACUGUAAAGGAGGCCAUGGCUGUAUAAACAGUGACCCAGCUUUGUGUAAACAAAAGUCAGAGAAAUCUUCUUCUCAAAGGGAGUUUUACUCUAGAGUUUUGGGAAGCCCGUGUAGUGGUGAAUGUGGAUACCCUGGAAUAGAAUCCAUAAAUGGUGGCAGUGUAUUUUUGGAUAGAUGUGUCUUGGAUCGCUGUGGAGGAGGAGGUGUGCUCUGUGAUGGUGAAGGAUCUUAUUUAAAGAUUACCAACAGCAUUAUCAAGAACAUGAGGCAAAGUGGAGUUGAAGUACGCAAUGGUGGUAUUUUACAUGCAUUGAACAAUGAUAUAGUAGAUAAUCAAUUACAUGGUGUGUUAAUUGGGCCAAAUGGUAGAGGACACAUACUUGGAAACAGUAUUAAAGGAAAUAAAUGUGAGGGUAUAUUGUGUACUGCGGAAUCUAUGGGCACCAUAAAAAAUAACUUGAUUUGUCAUAGUGGAAAAUGUGGUAUAUCAUGUGAUGGUGGAUCUUAUGAGAUAACUUCUAACAAGAUAUUUGACAACUGGUUCUGGGGAAUAAUGGCAAAAACUAGGUCCUCUUGUAUGGUCGUGAACAAUGAUAUCUUUAACAACAAGUGUGGUGGAAUCCGAAUUGGAGUAAACUAUUCUGCUGUUGUUUUCAUAGAUGGAAACACCAUCCAUGACCAUCCAGGUCCAGCUGUGUACACAAUGCCCAUACCAGACUUUCCAUUUGAUUUUCAUGACAGGUACCGUUCAUCAGACGAGAUGUUUAAUAUUUUUGGUAUUCCUCAUGGUGAUAGUAAAGUGUUUACAAAUCCUCCAAUUCUUACUAACAGAAAUAACUUUCUGAAUAACACUAGUGAAGCAAGGCAUCCAGUUGAAGCAGUUGAAGUUUUUGCUGUGUGUUCAUUUUGUCGUGCAUCUUUAGGUAGUUUGAAAUUGUGUGGGAAAUGUCGAAAAGCUAGUUACUGCUCAAAGGAAUGUCAACGUAGCCAUUGGGAUCAUCAUAAACAUAUGUGUGCUCUCUUGAGAGGAUCAUUCUCAGUGCCUAUAAGAAUGAGCGAAACUACAUCAUAUAAAAAAGGUGAAUAUGUUUUUAGAACAUUUGAUCAUUCUUUGAAAGGCAUCAUGGAAGGCCCACCUCCAGAUCCAAAAAGUUCAAACAGAUUUAUUGUGAAGAUUCAGUCAGGUGAAGAGUACUAUCCAUAUAAUCCCCAAACUCUUCUUUCAUUGUAUGAUCAGAGUACAAAGUUGGACAUACAAUUUUCCAACAGCAUGAUCUAUCAUUUAAUUAUGGAAUGUGGUGUGCUUGGUUCCAAUAAACUUUCAUCCAAGAAGAUUUUUUGUUGGGCAUCGUUCGAAGAAAAUGGAUUGGUGCUGAGAAUUUAUACAGAUAACCUACCACCAUUUCAGAACUGGUGAAAAUAGUCUUUGAAUUACAAUCAUGUAGUCAUGUGUUAUGAUAUAAAGCAAACUA